GUCUAACAAAACAACUGCAAAUCUUCACGUGUUCUCUUUUGCCCAUCACAUGUUCUCUUCUUUCUUCACCUCUCUCUGCAAAUCUAAUCCUUUAAUUUUUCUUUUUUUUGCAUCCCAAGGUCCUUUUUGUGAUUCAUCUCCAACAAUAAAAACCCUUUAAGACUUACAUACAUACAUAUAUCCACCUACUUAACUUUGGCAUGGACAAGAAGAAGGUUGUUGCUGCUUCAUCUUCUUCUUCUUUCGAUCAUAUAUUUGGUCCGAGAGUCUCUUCUUCGUCUUCUGCAGCAACCACUGGAUUGUUCACAUCCAUCUUCCCACGACCCUCUGCGGGGAUGUUGAGGAGGCAAAUGGACUUUGCAAGUCAAGGUGGACAUGUGAAAUAUCAAUCUGCAAAUGAACGAGGGAAAAAAACCGACAUAAAGGAGAAAAACAGUUACCAUAAUGAGGAAACAGAACCACCAUGCAACUUGAGCUCUUCAAUUUACUAUGGAGGCCAAGAGAAGUAUUCCUCUACAACGAAUACUAACAAAGAUACUGUAAGUCGUUGCCGCACCUAUCAUACACAUAACACCUACGUGAGUAACGUAACAAAACUUAUAUUCGUUUCAUGUAUGUGUAGCACCUAUGUAUUAUUAAUUUCAAGAUUUUUCUGCUUUUCUUCUUUAUCUUUAACUUAUGCAGUACAAGAAAGAUGGAGAGGAAGGCGAUUCCAAAAGCGCAUCAAGAGGAAACUGGUGGGAAGGGUCGCUUUAUUACUAACAUGCACUGCAUGACAUGCAAUCCUGAUUUUGAGCAACUGCUAAGGGAAUAAAAAGACAUCAUGGUCUAACGUUAAUAUGAAAUCUGAAUGAAACUAUAUAACCCUUGCAGAGUUAAAGAGUGUGUACUGUGUAGUAUAUUGUAUCAACGAGGAGUGACUUGUUCUUGGCAUGAUGAUUUGUUUGUAUACGUAAAACGCAAAAGCUAAAGACAAGCCUCUUUCUGAUGAUUGUAAUGUUUGUCUAAUGUUGUCUAUGUGAAAUGAUGCUUUAUGAAUAAUUGUAAUGGUACUUUAUAGUUUACAUCAUAAUGAAGCACACCUGUUAGUGGUAUUGAAAAAGCAUAAGCUCAUUAUUAUUCUUGGA